UGGAGAUGUCUAACUUGCUGGUGACCUGGACAGUUAUUCCCUCCCGAUUUGAGGGAUCGUCUCUUCCUUUACGGAUAUAGCGGGGUAUCAUGCACCGAACCCAAUGGCGCCACCCGGUGGCUCAAGUUGAAGCUUCUGGAGUCCCGCGGUUGAGGUCAUCGUCAUAAAAUGCCCCUUCGCGAAGUGUCUAUAGCUCUCGCAAUGUAUGAUUCCAUAGUAAUUCAAAGAAGCAAACAAUGCCUACCAUCCCAAUCAAUCCAAUAAUCCCAGGCUUCGCGCCAGACCCUUCGCUCGUCAGGGUCGAGAGCGAUUAUUUCCUCGUCAAUUCGACCUUCCACCUAUUCCCUGGUCUCCCGAUCUAUACAUCUAAAGAUCUAGUCCAUUGGGAACACAUUGGAAAUGCUCUCCACAGGCAAUCGCAAAUGAGUCUCGAGCACUCCAGCACAAAGAUUAACCCAGACCUAUUGGCAACUGGUGGUUUAUUUGCACCGACGAUUCGUUACCACAACGAAACUUUCUAUAUUGUCUGCACGAACAUCAUACACAAACCCGACAUCCCAGGCCGCGCUGAGAAUUUCGUCAUCUCCACAAAAGACAUAUGGGCAGGCGAAUGGAGCGACCCCGUCUACUUCGACCACGACGGCAUCGACCCCAGCCUCUUCUUCGACGAUGAUGGGAAAGUGUACCUCCAAGGCUCGCAUACUGUGAGACCUCGGGUUACAGAAAUAAACUUAUUCGAAAUCGACCUCACGACUGGGAAGCGUCUCUCGGAGGAGAAAAACAUUUGGGGUGGCACGGGGGGCAAGUUCCCGGAAGGUCCGCAUAUCUACAAGAGAGACGGGUGGUACUAUGUCUUGAUCGCCGAAGGCGGCACACACGAAGGCCACAUGAUAACCACGGCGAGAUCGAAGGAUAUCUGGGGCCCAUACGAGCCAUGUCCCAGUAAUCCAAUAUUGACGGCGGCCGGAACUCGAGAAUACAUACAGUACGUCGGUCACUGCGAGGCGUUUACGGAUCCGGAGGGAAACAGCUGGGGCGUCUGCCUCGGCGUGCGGAUGGAAAAAGGGGGACGAUACAUCAUGGGGAGGGAGACGUUUCUGACGAGUGGAGAGUGGGAAGAGGGCGAGUGGCCUGCCUUCGACACCGUAAAAAUGGAUCCCAAGGGCGUCGUCGCCGCGCAAGGGGAUGGGAAACCAAGACUCUCGGCCAGACCUGGCGUGGAUUUCUUGCAUAUUCGCAACCCUGAGUUGUCUAAUUACAGUUCUUUGGGGACGGACAGGGCAGUGACUAUCACUUCUGUGUCGAGCGACUUGUCGCAUCCUAACGAGUCUCCUUCUUUCAUUGGGAAACGUAUGAGGUAUCUCGACGGUACCAGCUCAGUGACGAUUGUUUCUCCUCCCGAGGGAAGUAGAGUCACAGCCGGACUCGUAGUGUACAAAGAUGAGCACCGGUAUCUACGAAUCUUCCUCGAUACCUCAGAGUCCCGCAUCGGCUUCGAGCUCGUCAACGGAUAUCAGAAACUGUCCAAGUCAAACACCCAGUCCGUCGAGAAGGUUACCGAGUACCACCUGACAAUCGAUCACACUGAGAAGGAAUUUCGACUCUCCUACAGUGCAGGUGAAGGCAGCAAGACAACUCUUGCAGUAAUCGACACGCUAGAAAUGACUGAUCCCGAUUUUGUGGGACCCGUCAUUGGUGCUUUCGCAGUUGACCAGGGACACGCGGUCAAGGUGGAAUUUAGGAAUCUCGAGAUAUCAUGAGCUAGCGGGCAGAAGCUUCAUCAUAGAUUGUAGGUAGAUGGUUCAAGCAAUUCUCUCAAGAUGUCUCGGAUCGAUCGUAAGAACCCGC